CCAGUCAUGCAACUCUACCUGCCUCUCCUCUGCGGACCUUUGGGAAGCUGCCGCCCACCCCGGGGGCUCGGGCCCUGACCCUGCCAGGCCGCGGACCAAAAUCCUGUGCCACUGAGUUCAACCAUGGUGCAUCCAGAUUCUCCUCAGAACUGAGACUUUCCAAAGGCCCAAUGACUCUGUUCCUUGUGCCCUUUCAUUUUAUCCUACUCUGUAGCUAUGUCUCGAUCCCGCCAUGCAAGGCCUUCCAGAUUAGUCAGGAGGGAAGAUCUAAACAGAAAGAAAAGCACCCAACUGAAGAAGACAUGUAAGGCGGCCAACAAAAACGUGGCAUCAGUCAAGACUGUGAGCCCUGGAAAAUUAAAGCAAUUAAUUCACGAAAGAGAUGUUAAGAAAAAAAUUGAACCCAAACCACCUAUGCCAGUCAGAAGCCUUCUAACAAGAGCUGGAGCAGCACGAAUGAAUUUGGAUAGGACUGAGGUUCUUUUUCAGAACCCAGAAUCCUUAACUUGCAAUGGGUUUACAAUGGCUCUCCGAAGCACCUCUCUUAGCAGGCGACUCUCCCAACCUCCAGUGAUCAUAGCCAAACCCAAGAAAGUUUCACCUCCUAAGAAUUUAGAAAAGCAACAUGAAUGUGAUUAUAAUGUGGUUACUGACAUGGGAGUAAAACACGCAGAAAAUGAUUCAGUUCCAACGCAAGUUCCCCUAAUCACUCCUGAAAUAGAGAAUCUAAUUGGUGUACAAAAUGCAUCUUUAAUUAAAGAUGAGAGCCAAGAAAUAGCCCAGUCUUGGUCCCAAAGGGUCGACGAUUCCAAAAUAAAUAUCUCCACUCACAGUGGUCCUGCAGGAGAGAGCCUUUCUGGGUCAUCGGAAGGGACACGUGGUGGUGAAGGAUUAUUCUCUAAAGAGACAUUGAAUGAUAUCAGUGAUUCCCCCAGAAUGUUUGCUCAGGACACUCUGUGUGCUCCUUUGCUCCAAAGAGCAGCUCUCAAGGUUACUUAUGAAGGAAAUUCUAGCAUUCAGUUAGAAGAUUUGGGUUCACGAGUGGAAUCUCUUAAGCUAUCUGAUUCUUACCCGGAUCCUAUCAAAAGUGAACAUGACUGCUACCCCACCUCCAGCUUUAAUAAGAUUAUACCUGAAUUGGACCUUAGAAACUGUUUGUCCAUUGAUGGGUCAAUAUAUCCUACCUCAUUAAUAAAACUCCUCUUGGCAAGCUCAGAACAAGAAACCCUUGGUGCUAAACCAGAUCAUCGAGAGAUACUCAAAGCUACCACAGAUCAGCAGGAAAUUCCUGAUACCAACCCUGUCAUAGGACAGGCUUUUAGUGCUGUCCCACAUCGAUGGGAAAUUCCUGGUGCUAACAUAAUUCAUGGAGAGGCUCUGGAUGAGACCCUAGACCCACCAGAGAUGCCUGGUGCUGUUUCAGUCCAAGGAGAGGUCUUUGGUGCUAUCCUAGAUCAACAAAUCCUUGGAAUGGGUGGUGGUACUGCCUCAGACCCACCUAUGUUUCUUCCUCCUCUAAACCCAAUUGCUACCUAUAAUGUUCCCCCAGAAUGGCCUGAGCCCCAGAGCACUGUUUCAUAUGGACUUGAGGUCCAGGGUGCUGUGCAGAUUCUGCCUUUGGGCUCAGGUCACACACCUCAGCCACCAUCAAACUCAGAGAUAAGUUCGGUACCUCCAAUAAUGACUAUUAGCAAUAUAGAAAAUGAGAAGCAGGUUCAUAUAAGCUUUCUGCCAGCUAACAUUCAGGGGAUCACAUUAGCCCCUGAGCGAGGACUCCUUCUCCAUGCUUCACAGGGCAUUACCCAACUCUCCCAGGCUGGUCCCAGCACACUGGAAGGAGAGAGCUCCCAGGUCAGCGUGACCAGUGUGGUUGACAUCAACACUAAAGUGGUGUCUAGGCCAGUGUCACUUGCCAGUACUCCCUCUUCUUCCUUCACAACUUUGCUACCUACUUUGGAAAAGAAGAAACGAAAGCGAUGUGGGGUCUGUGAGCCCUGCCAGCAGAAGACCAAUUGUGGUGAAUGUACUUACUGCAAGAACAGAAAGAACAGCCAUCAGAUCUGUAAGAAGAGAAAAUGUGAGGAGCUGAAAAAGAAACCAUCAGUCAUUGUGCCUUUGGAGGUUAUAAAAGAAAACAAGAGGCCCCAGAGGGAAAAGAAGCCCAAAGUUUUAAAGGCAGAUUUUGACAACAAAUCAGUAAAUGGCCUCAAGUCAGAAUCCAUGGAAUACAGGAGGAGUUAUGGGGGGGAACACAGAUUGGAAUUAAACCCACCUCCCCUCGAAAAUGUAACCAAAAAUGAAGAAAGUAUGACAGGUAUUGAAGUGGAGAAGUGGACGCAAAACAAGAAAUCACAUUUAACCGAUCAUGUCAAAGGCGAAUUUAAGGCAAUUGUGACAGAAGCUGAAAAUUUUAAAAAUUCUGAAGAUGACAAGAAAAAAGUCCUCCUUACUGACUUAAUUGAGCCUCAGAAAUUGUUUGCACAAACUAUAAGAAACGGCAUUAAAAAUGCACACUAUUUACCAACCGAAACAAACGUGUCUUUUAAAAAAUUCAAUAUUGAAGAAUUUGGCAAGGCAUUUGAAAACAACUCCUAUAAAUUCCUGAAAGACACUGCCAACCAUAAUGCCAUGAGUUCCAUUGCUACUAGUGAGAGCUGUGAUCAUCUCAAGGGGAGAAAUAAUGUUUCAGUCUUCCAGAAGCCUGGCUUUAACUGCAAGUCUUUUCCAGAUCCUACAACUUUCAACUUAAAUAGUCAUACUAGUCAUACUAGUCAUACACACAAUGAAAGUGAUCAACCCAAAUCUCUAGAUAAUAUACCAAGUAAAGACCCAAAAGAUGGAUCUCCAGUUCAGCCAAGUCUUCUAUCCCUGAUGAAAGAUAGGAGAUUAACACUGGAGCAAGUGGUGGCCAUAGAAGCUCUGACUCAACUGUCAGAAGCUCCAUCAGAAAAUUCCUCACCAUCAAAGUCAGAGAAGGAUGAAGAAACAGAACACAGAACAGCAAGUUUGCUUAAUAGCUGUAAAGCUAUCCUCUAUUCUGUAAGAAAAGACCUCCAGGACCCAAACCUGCAAGGGGAGCCAGAAAGCCUUCAUCACUAUCCAUCUUUGGAAAAGCAGACUUCAUGCAACACGGUGGUGUUCAAUGGCCAAAACAUUUCCAAGUCACACCACAACUCAGCUGCUAACCAGGCACCUACCAAGUCACAGGAAUGUUCAAAAGCCACAAAUUCAAUAACUCUUUUUAUACCAAAUUCAAAUUCAUCUAAAAUUGACACCAAUAAAAAUGUUGCUCAAAGUAGAAUUACUCUUGAGAGUUCUAAGAAUUUGCAUCAGUUGCCACCAGCAGGUGAUAAAUUGGGGUAUUGUAACCAAUCACUGGCCAGCAGUAAAAAGAUAGACUUAAAAGACGAUCCAUCGUGUCCAAAUACAAUACACAGCAAAAUAGAGGAAGAUGUUGCAACACAGUUAACACAACUUGCGUCCAUAAUUAAAUUCAAUUAUAUAAAACAAGAAGACAAAAAGGUUGAGAGUACACCAACAAGCCUUGUUGCAUAUAGUGUACAGCAAAAAUGUAGUCAGGAGAAGGCCACAAUACAACAGAAACCACCUUCCAGUGUACAAAACAAUCAUAGCUCAUUAUUGACAAAGCAAAAGAACACAACACAGAAAAAGACAAGAGCUACCCCAUCAAGAGAUCGGCGGAAAAAGAAGCCAGUAGUCAUAAGUUGUCGAGAAAAUGACCAGAAAAAGCAGGAACAGUUGUCAUAUGAGUAUAGUAAAUUACAUGACAUUUGGAUAGCAUCUAAAUUUCAAAGAUUUGGUCAAUUCGGUCCACAUGAUUUUCCCAUUCUGUUGGGAAAAAUUCCUCCUUUAACCAAAGUAUGGAAACCACUGGCUCAAACGAGUUCAGUGUUAGAACACAAAAAAUUGUUUCCUCCACUCACUCAGAUAAAAUUUGAGCGUUAUUAUCCUGAAUUAGCACAGGAAAGAAACAUGAAGGUUGAACCGUUGGAUUCUCUCCCAAUAUGCCAGUUAAAAACAGAGUCCAAUGGGCAAGCGUUUACAGAAAAAGUAUAUAGUUCUCAGGUACAGCCAACAGGGAAUGUCAAUCAGAAAGCCCAUCCUUUACUCCAGCCCUCCUCUCCAACUAACCAGUGUGCUAAUGUAAUGACCGGCGAUGACCAAACACAAUUCCAGCGGGAUGUUCAAGACCCACUCAUGCAUCAGAGACUGCCAACAUUGCCUGGUAUCUCUCAUGAAACCCCCUUACCAGACCCAGCACACAUUCUCAGGAAUGUAAAUGUGGUAUGUUCAGGUGGAAUUACAGUGGUUUCUACCAAGAAUGAGGAGGACGUCUGUUCAUCUAGUGUUGGAGCAUCAGAAUUUUCCCCAGUAGACAGUGCACAGAAAAGUUUUAAUGAUUAUGCCAUGAACUUCUUUACCAAUCCUACAAAAAACCUGGUGUCCACAACAAAAGACUCUGAUUUGCCAACCUGCAACUGUCUUGAUCGAGUUAUACAAAAAGACAAAGGCCCAUAUUAUACACACCUUGGGGCAGGACCAAGUGUUGCUGCUGUCAGGGAAAUCAUGGAGAAUAGGUAUGGUCAAAAAGGAAACGCAAUAAGAAUAGAAAUUGUAGUGUAUACGGGGAAAGAAGGAAAAAGCUCUCAUGGGUGUCCAAUUGCUAAGUGGGUGUUAAGAAGAGGCAGUGAUGAAGAGAAAGUCCUUUGUUUGGUUCGGCAGCGUACAGGCCACCACUGUCCAACUGCUGUGAUGGUGGUGCUCAUCAUGGUAUGGGACGGCAUUCCUCUUCCCAUGGCUGACAGAUUGUACACGGAGCUUACUGAAAACCUAAAGUCAUACAAUGGUCAUCCCACAGACCGAAGAUGCACGCUCAAUGAAAAUCGUACCUGUACAUGUCAAGGAAUUGAUCCAGAGACUUGUGGAGCUUCGUUCUCUUUUGGCUGUUCAUGGAGUAUGUAUUUCAAUGGAUGUAAAUUUGGUAGAAGCCAGCCCAGAAGAUUUAGAAUUGAUCCAAGCUCUCCCUUACAUAACUACUAUGAAAGAAUUACUAAAGGACGUAAUCCAGAAAGAAGAUAUAUGAAACCGGAACCAAUCUGUCCGGGACACGAGGCCAUGGAAAAAAACCUUGAAGAUAAUUUACAGAGUUUGGCUACACGAUUAGCUCCAAUUUAUAAGCAGUAUGCUCCAGUUGCUUACCAAAACCAGGUAGAAUAUGAACAUGUUGCCCGAGAAUGUCGGCUUGGCAGCAAAGAAGGGCGUCCUUUCUCUGGGGUCACUGCUUGCCUAGACUUCUGUGCCCAUCCCCACAGGGACAUCCACAACAUGAAUAAUGGAAGCACUGUGGUUUGUACUUUAACACGAGAAGAUAACCGCUCCUUGGGGGUUAUCCCUCAAGAUGAGCAGCUGCAUGUGCUACCACUCUACAAACUCUCAGACACAGAUGAGUUUGGCUCUAGAGAAGGAAUGGAAGCCAAGAUCAAGUCUGGGGCCAUUGAGGUGCUCACACCCUGUCGUAAAAAAAGAAAACGUUUUACUCAGCCCGUACCUCGUUCUGGGAAGAAGAGGGCAGCAAUGAUGACAGAAGUUCUUGCACAUAAGAUAAGAGCUGUGGAGAAAAAAUUCGUCCCUCGGGUCAAACGGAAGAACAACUCAACAACAAACAAUAGCAAGACUUCGUCGCUGCCGCUUUUAGGGAAUAAAACCGAAGCCUUGCAACUUGAAAUAAAAAGUGAAACUGAACCCCAUUUUAUCUUCAAAGGUUCGGACAACACUAAAACCUACUCACUGACCCCAUCCAUUCCUCACACAUUGAAAGAGGCAAACAUAUCUCCAGGUUUCUCCUGGUCCUCUAAGACCACAUCAGCCACAACAGCUCCCUUUAAGAAUGAUGUGUCAGUUUCUUACGGGUUUUCAGAAAGAAGUAGCAAUCCCCACUGCACAAUGCCUUCUGCGAGACACAGUGGUGCUAAUGCAGCUGCUGGGGAAUGCACUGGAAUUGCACAGCCUGGUGAAGUAGUUGCUCUUUCCACCUUGUCUACUCCCAUGACAGAGUCCCUGGUUUAUUCUGAGCCUUCCACUGGUCCAUCUGAACAGCUACCUUCUAAUCAUCCAAACCAGCAAGCCCCAUUCACCACCUCUCAUGACCUUACAUCCUCUCUGGUGGAAGAAGAUGAGCAGCAUUCUGAUGCAGAUGAGCCUCUAUCAGAUGACCCCCUAUCAGAUGACCCCCUGUCACCUACUGAGGAGAAAUUGCCCCACAUCGAUGAGUAUUGGUCAGACAGUGAGCACAUCUUCUUAGAUGCCAACAUUGGUGGGGUGGCAAUAGCACCUGCCCACGGCUCCGUUUUGAUUGAGUGCGCCCGGCGAGAACUUCAUGCGACCACUCCUGUUGAACACCCAAACCGGAAUCAUCCCACACGCCUUUCCCUUGUUUUCUACCAGCACAAAAACCUGAAUAAGCCCCAACAUGGUUUUGAACUAAACAAAAUUAAGUUCGAGGCUAAAGAAGCUAAGAAUAAGAAAAUUAAGGCCUCAGAGCAGAAAGACCAGGCAGCUAAUGAGGGUCCUGACCUGUCCCCUGAAGUUAAUGAAUUGAACCAAAUUCCUUCUCAUAAAGCGUUAACAUUAACCCAUGACAAUAUUGUCACCGUGUCCCCUUAUGCUCUCACACAUGUUGCAGGGCCCUAUAACCAUUGGGUCUGAAGGCUUUUCUCCCCUUAAUGCCUUUGCUAGUGCAGUGUAUUUUUUCAAGGUGCUGUUAAAAGAAAGUCAUGUUGUCGUUUACUUAUCUUCAUCUCACCCAUUUGAAGGCUGAGGUAAAAAACAAAAAAACAACAAAAAUGGGGUGGGUGUUUCUUAACUGUGACUAUAUUUUGACAAUUGGUAGAAGGUGCACAUUUUAAGCAAAAAUAAAAGUUUUAUAGUUUUAAAUACAUAAAGAAAUGUUUUGGUUAGGUGUUAACCUUGAUAGAAUCACUCAGUUUGGUGCUUUAAAUUAAGUCUGUUUACUAUGAAACAAGAGUCAUUUUUAGAGGAUUUUAACAGGUUCAUGUGCUAUGAUAUAAAAUCAAGAUACAGUGUUAACUCUACACAGCUCCUGGUGCUUACCCACAUCAACAGUUAAAAAUAAGCUGCAUUACUAUGUCAUGGUGCCAUCGUUCCAACAUCUUCCAAUCAUUGCUAGAAAAUCGGCAUAUUCCUUUGAAAUAAACCAAUGAAAUGUUUUCUCUCAAAAUAUCUCCUAAAUAAAAUAAUUCAAUAUUGUUAAUGGUUGGAGGCUGUUCAUAAAUUGUAAAUAUAUAUUUUAAAAGCACUUUCUAUUUUUAAAAGUAACUUGAAAUAGUAUAGCAUAAGAAUCUUAUUGUUUAUUGUUUGUGCAUAUUUGCAUACAAGAGAAAUCAUUUAUUCUUGCUGUGUAGAGUUCCAUCUUGUUAACUGCAAUAUGUAUUCUAAUCAUGUAUAUGGUUUGUUGUUUUUUUUAAUGUUGUCCUUUCUCAUGCAAAUAUUAGCUACUUCUAUAAAAUAGUUAGAACAUGCAAAAAUUGUUAAUUUUCUCUAAAAUUGGAAUUAGGAAGCAUAUCACCAAUAUCUGUUAACAUUUUAUUUGGAACUAAGUAAGCGUGGUCUCUUCUGAUUUAUCAAGCAACAGUGGCCCCAAUUUACUUUAACUCCAGCUUUCUGAAUAUAAUCAUGAAAGGUUUUUCCAAAAGGAGAUGGGACAUAGUAGUAUUCAGAAGAGUCAAAUGCUUCUAAAGUUUCAAGGUGAUAAAAUUUAAAAAUUAAGUAGCCAGAACCCUACCCAUCCCAAAUUGCCUUAUUUGUUCUGAAACUCAAUCUGGUAGAGUAAGAAUAAAAUUCCCAUAGAAAUCUUUUGAAAAGAAAUCCCCUAAUGUCAUCAUAUAUCCACACAUCCCAAACAGUAGGAGUGGUGUUCAAAGUAGGGUAUUGUCCAUUAAGAGCUAAUCCAAAGUAGUUUAUCUAAGCAUAUUAGUUUUAGGGAAAAAACUCAUCUUCUCUGAUAAUUGCCUAUGUUCUAGGUAACAGGAAAAUAGGCAUUCUGUUUAUGUUAGCCUUCCCAUUAUUUUUUCCCAUUACUUAUUGACUCAUUUUAUAACAAAACAAAAGGGAUUGCCCAAGCAAAAUGUUUAGAACAAGAAAUUUCAAUGAAAUACUUGAUUCUAUUAAAAUGCAGAGGUGCUAUAACAUUCAAAGUGUCAGAUACCUUGGGAGUGUGGAAAACCUAAAUAAUGGUGCUUCUCCCUUGGAAAUGCCAUAGGAAGCCCACAACUGCUAAUACUCAACAAUUUUGGUGCAAAAGCAAACAGUUCCAGCAAGCUCUAAAGAAAAACUCAUUGUAACUUAUAUUAAAAUAAUAUAUGGUGCAAAGUAUCAGUUUCAAGCUUUUGACUAAUCCAAGUGAAGGAAUAUGAAGGGAUUGUAUAUAACAAAUAUCCAUUGGUAGUCCAUCAUCUUGUACAAGUAGAUUUCUGCUUUUUGAAUAUGUAAAGUAGGGUGAUUCAUUGACUUUAGUAUUUUGUGUGCCUUAGAUUUCCGUUUUAAAACAUGUAUAUUUUUGUGAGCCUAAGGUUUCUUAUACAUAUAAGUAUAUAAAUAAGUGAUUGUUUAUUAUUUCAGCUGCUUCCUUAAGAUAUUUACUAGUAUUAGACUAUCAGGAAUACACCCUUGUGAUAUUUCGUUUUAGAUAUUAGGCCUUAGCUCCCACUAGAAAUUAUCUCCUCACCAGAUUUAAUGAAUCAAGUUUUAAGACCCUUUAACCAUCCACCCAUCUUUCUUCCCUUCAACACUUACUGAACGUCUGCAGAAUUUAAAUAUUAGCUUUUGUUUUUCUUUGAAUUGCCACCCAUGACACAGUAAACAUGAAGAAUUAAAAUCUUAAAAAGAUGCUUUUAUCCCCCCCCUUUUUUUUUUCAAAGAAACAGUAAAUUUCCUUCAAAAGAAUCCAUUGUAGGGGCGCCUGGCUGGCUCAGCCAGUAGAACAAGUGACUCUUAAUCUCAGGUCUUGUUCGAGCCCCAUCUUGGGCAUAGAGUCUAUUUAAAAUUGUAAAAACAAAAAGAAUGAAGGAUUCCAUUGUAAUAUAUCUGCAGCAGUUCAAAUCAGUGUCACUACCGUUGAGUAAGUUUCUUAAGAAACUUGAACCACCAUUGUUAUUUAGGAGAAUACUGGGAUUUGUGAAGUUGGUUGCAGUUGCCCAAAGCAAGUACAUGAAAAUAUCCCUUCUCAACUGAAAUGUUAUAAAAUGUUCCAUUAUUAUAAUUGACACCGUCAAUGUCCUGUCUCAAUUGAUAACACCAUGGUGGGAACCACUUGUGAUUCCUACUUUGUUGGACUCUCAUAAGUUAAACAGUUUACCCUCCCAUUGUCUGCCCUGUGAUUUUUUUUUUAAGCUUAUGCUUAUUCAAUGUUCUCCAGCAAUUGUGAUUGUAUGCUAGUGACACUGCUUUUAGAAUGCUUUUAUGAAGCAAGGAAAUAAAUUUGUUUGAAAUGACAUUUUCACUCAGAAAACUGGUCAUCUAACAUUAUUUCUGCACCUUUUAUUAUGUUUUACUAGAACGAUCACCUUUGGCUUUACCCAUCUUACAGUACUCAAAAUGAGUUUUUCAAUCUUCUGCCCUUGUUCAUGGUAUAAUUUAAUUAAUUGAUACAUGACCCCCAGUUAACCCGACCUGUCUAUACUAUGUUACAAACUUACUAACUACAAUGAGCUGUCUAUUUUAGAAUCCUACAAAAAUAUCACACUGCCUUUCAAAAUCCCAUUUCUAAUGGCUCUCAGCCGUGGUUGAAAAAAAUUUCUGCUUAUCAGCCUUACCUACAUCUUUCCAAUUCAUCCACAAAGUACCAACUACAUCAUGUCAUAGACUUAGCUGAAAUAUAUUAACUGAAAGUGAGGCUUGCUGAAAAUGUAUACUGUAGGUAAAUUUUUACAUGUUAGCAAAAUGUUUGCAGCCUUAACCUUCCAACAUCUUUGUUAUGCAAUCUGCAUGUGGAUGAAAUAAUUUAAUUUGUUAAAUAUAGAAUUUCAACUAGAUGAGAUCCAUAGCAAUUUACUUAAGACAUAACCCCAAUACAUAAUUAAUUGAAUGCAUACCCUUGUGUAAAUGAGAUAAUAAUUCAUGCAAAGUAACCUAAUUCCUAAUGUUAUUACUUAAGUGGACUCAAACUGAUUAUCAUUUAUUCCACACCAGCAUGUAUGAAAAUAACUCAAACUACUUAAGUUUAUUCGUUAAAACAAAUCCUAUUGAUAUUUCUUUUUUAUCUGCGACAAAGUUUUGGCAUUGCAUGACAACUUCCACCAAUAGUGGGCACAGGAUUUCCUUUGAAUGUGCCGAGUAAAUCAGUGGCUGUAUAUGACUUUUAAUAAUAUAUAGCUAUCUUCUAUUUCACAACUUCUUGAUGCAUGGAAAUUUUCUUUUUGUCUACAUUUAGUAUAACUGUGAAUUUUGACCUUCUGUAAAGAUUUAUGAUGAGAAUUGUGAAAUAAUAUGGUAGUGGCCUCUCACAGCUCUAGAAGACACCUUAGAAGUCAUAUAGUUCAAUCACUGGGGCCCAGAGAGGAGAUGUUAAUGUCAAUGUGUACUUAUGUUUAUAAUUAGAAUUGAAACAAUCAAAGGAAGGCCACUUUAUGCCACUCGAGGAAACAAACUGUAUUUGCUCACCCAGAGAGUAUCUUACCCCUGGGAAAUAACCUUAUUGUGGUACAAGUAAAGAUUAAAAAGGCUUUUUUUUUUUCUGUUGGGUUUUCUUGCUUUUUGUUUUUCUGAGAAAUUCUGGAAAACCAGUCAAAUGAAGUUGGAUCAAGAUUCCCCUGCCUGCAGAGUUUUGUGGGCCUUGUGUGGGAAAUCUAGCUUUUACCUAUGAAGCUAUCCUGUUAACUCAUCCAACAAAAUGUGGCAGUAGCCUGAAUAAGCUAUUUCAAAUAUAUAUAUAUAUAUACACACACACCAGGUACUUACAUAGUACAGGCUUUUAUUUCUCCUGGAAAUAUGCAUAUACAAGGAGGUAGAAAAAAUUGAAUGAUUGAAAGGGUUCGGGAAAGUAUACCCAUUGUAUAUACUACCUAGCCAUGGUUGUACAGUCUAUUCACACCUCUUGCCAAUUGGCUUCACAAUUAAGUCCUAGCAUAGUUAAUUUUGAUGUGAUUGUCUACAUAUAUUAGAAUACUGUUUUAUUGUGCACAGCUCCGAAACUUUCCUGUAAGUGUAUUGAACUUGUAACUUCAACAUCAACAGUUGAGGCACACUUCAACUAGGUGAUACAGUGUCCUGAUUCCUGAAGAGUCUGGAUUUACCCAAAUCAAAUUGUGCUCCACAUUGUGCUUCUAAUAGAUUUAGGAAAUGAGGCCAUUCAUGGUUCUGGAAUGCAAGUCAAAAAAUCAGCGUGUCAGAAACUAAAUUUGUGUAUUUUCUUGGAAUGUGCUGAGAUUUAUUGGCUUUCUUUCUUCUCUUUUGUAAAAUAAGAGUCCUCUGUUAAUUUUGGAGAUGGUAAAACUGGCUUUUAUGUAAGACCUCGCUUUUUGUCCACAUUGAACUCUACAAACUUGAAUUCUCUGCUUUCCAGUAUAUCUGGAUGACUUUCAUUCAAUUCCUGUUCCUUCUGGGCACCCAAUCAAAUACUAUUAUUCACUUCGAAAAGCAUAUAUUUUAAUCCUUCAGGUAAUGCAAAGAUGUAAUAUAACUUGCUAUAAUUAAAGCAAAACUUUGUCUAAGGUAGGGAUGUUAUUAUCAGAUGUUAAACAUAUGACCUGACUUAACUGAUUUAUGUUUGAGUGCAACUUGGGAAACUUUUGUUUAACGGUAUAAACCUAGUUUUCCUAAAAAUAGAAAUUUUGUCCCUAGCAGCUGUGAUGAAAGGCAUUCUCUCUUGUCUUGUUCAUCAGGAAAAAAUCUUGCAGCUGUCAGAAACGUUCGCUUUUGGAGAAACAGUGUUGAAAAGUAAUUUCAUUUGUUCUUCAUUUGGCUAGGUAUAAACUUAACCAUCUUUGACCAGAAACUCUGCUUGUUAUUAUUUUUCUUUUUUCAUUUUACUGAAGCCAUGGUGUCACUAAAUGUACUUUCUUUUUCUAGUUUUGAUUCUUUCCUCUGAUUUUCUUUAAAUUAAAACUAUGUCGCUUCCCCUCUCUAUUCUGCAUCCACUCCCCGUGUCCCUACACAAAUACACAUGGUUCUUGUUAAGAACAGCAGUCAUCUUGGUCAAGUUGUCUUUUCCUGCUUUCUAAAAUCCUGAUUCACAAAUCUUUUGUGGAAUAAUACCAAAAGGGAUCACAAUCUUUUAUUCAGUCAUUUUCUGUUGGAGGCAAAUUCAGUUUUUAGGAGUAUAGUGGUCAUGAGACCACAGGUGAGCAUCCACUUUUUAACAAUCCCAACAAUGUUUGACUCUCAACAUGUCUCUUGGUGUUUGAGUGUUUUGCAAGAACUUGUAUCAGAAGUUAAAUAUUCUAGCACUAUUCCUAUAUAGCUUUGCUAUUUCUCUAUAAUGCAUCAUACUAAUUAUUAGUGGUUUGACCAGUGGCUUUGAAUUAAUAAUGGGUCUGAUUUAUACAGUAGACAAUUUUUUUUCACAUGUUUUAUCCCCCAGCCCAGUUUUGUGGAUGGUCUUUACUCUCCAAUGUAAAUUUACCCCUUCGAAAUUUGGGUUUUUGUGAUAAUAGGAACUAUUCUAUAAUCUGGGUGAGAAAGAUUUAAAAAAUGAGCUGAAAGUAUUUUGAGAAUUCUUAAAGAUGGGAUAGAUCAGGUAUUUGGAGUUGUGAAUGUACUAGGGGGAAGUUAAGGUGCAGGAAGAAGGGAGAAUUGUGUUCCUAUCAGCAAUCUGCAGGUUCACUCCACCAUCUCAACACUAAAACAUACUGGAAUAGCUUUUCCCACCUUGUAGCAGUUUAUCUGAAAAAAAAAUGAGGAACCAUUGUGAAUGUAAAUAUGGUAGUAAGAAAACUUAUAACCCCUAGACUUUAUAAUGUUUUAGGUUAUCAAACUGCUUUCACUGUGUGCUCUCUUUUUCUCCCCAACACGGAGGGUUGGACAGAUGUCCAAAUAUUCCUCUUACUGGUAAAGAACCUGCAGGUUGGCAAGAAUAGCAAAUGCCUUGCUCCAGUCACAGAGCAAGUCCACCCAUCUGAGAUCAAACCAUUUCAAUUCUGCAGACUGACUGCUAAAUGCAUUUCUGCACCAUAAACUAUGACUUACAGAGUAUUAUUGAGCAGAAAUUGUCAGACCUGAUCUAAGAAUAAUGCAAAACCUACUUAUUGUGUGCAAAACAUGCUUCUCAACUUUGUUUCCAUUAUUUAUUUAGCCAGUGAUUUUUGAAUGCAUACUUUGGAAGGUCUCCCCAAAUUCCCAGGACUUCUGCAUUAGGGCUUAGAUUAAUGAAGCUGUAGUUUUCCCCUUGUAAGUAAGCUUUUUAAUGAAGAAUGUCCCUGUAUUGCUAAAACAAAAGGAAACCUCAGUAAUAUUUGUCUAAAAAUAUUAUUUUUUUAAAAACUGAGAUCAGCAACUCAUAAUCAAAGUUUAAUGUAUUUGUUAUAUUGAAAUGCAGGUUUCUAGAAGGGAAUGUGCUGGGUAAACUGACUUAGUUCCCAGACCCCCGUGGUAAAAAUGUAAAGUUGUUGGCAUCUCUAAGAGAUAGUAAGUACUGUCUCCCACUUAUUUAAAUGUUUUGUUUUGUUUUUUGUUCUGCUUUGUUUCCAGCCACGUAAAGUGUCCAAAGUUUAAACAUACCUUUGCCCAGAGAGUUAAGAAAAAUAAUGAGAUGUAUUUGUAAAGUUUUGGGUAAGCUCUUUAUAACUAUAAAGAGGUGGGAUAUUUUGGCAUUUCCAUGAGUACAUUUUGGGGUACUAAUGAAAAACCCAAACUUACCUAAAUAAUCAGAUAAAUUCCACAUUUGAUGAUUUGGUUCAGUAACUGCCUAUCCUCACUAAUGCCUGUUUGUGAUAUUAUAAAAUGGCUGACAACAUAGGACUUUACAAAAACAGCUCUUAGAAAAAAAAAAAGAAACAAAACAAAGACUAAAUAUUUUAUUAAUAUGUAUGGUCAUUUUUUUUAAACUUCUAUAACAGAUAACAUUGUGAUAGGUGCUUUAAGAGAAAUAUUUUUCCAGAAAUGGUUUUAUAGUAAAUGGGGGGGCAGCUUUUGCAUUGUGAUGUAUGGGUGGAUAGUCAUCUUUGAGUUACUAAGAAAUCAUGAAGUGUUCCCUGAAGAGAAACUCAUAAAACUAUUUGGCAGAAAGAAAAGCAUUAAUUUCUAGUUUCUUUAUUUUCUCUUGUGUUAUAUGGUGGCCUAUAUCACGUGUAGAUUCACGUGUAUAUCAAUACUUUGGCUCAAAGGAGAAGACAGUGAGUAUCAAUAGUGGGUGUAAAAUAUUCUCAGAUUCUUCAUUAUGGGGAAAUAGAGUAGCAUUGACUUUUCAAUAGAGAAAUACCAAUUUCACAAGUUAAUAUUCCUGUCUCUAGGUGACUUUUUCUCUCCUUUGAGUAUAUUUACUAUUUAUUUUGUACCUUUGAUUUUCUUGCUUUGGGGGAUUUAUUUUUACCUAUUGCAGUCCUACUGUAUGAAAUAUCCCAUAUAAUGAAAUAAGUUAGUAAGGGAAAGAUUUUAAAACUCCAUAAAAUCUGGUUUGGGUUCUUAAUAUAUGGGAGAAACAGUUUCAAGAAAAAGCACUUCACCAUGCAGAAGGGAAAGAGUAGUCUUAAUUAUGAUGACUUCAAUUCAGGAUCAAGAUGUAGUGCUCUGCAUACAAGGGAACACUUACUAGCAGUACUUGAAGACUUGUGAGUUGGAAUUGCAUGUUACUUGAAAGACCUAAUUAAGCUAAAUUUUGGUGCACAGCAGUUGUACAUGAUUUCAUGUUUAUGUAGCAAAAUGCAUUGAAAUGUACUAGUAUUGAAACAUACAUGUAAAGAUAGUUGUGGAAAUUGUCUAUUAUAUUUUCCUUGUGUCUCAUUUAUUUAGAGCACAAAGUUUUUUUUUAAGUGUUCUAACUGAAUAAGGCUAAAUGAAUACUGUAAUUGAAAUUAUAUUUUAAAUCUUUGUCAUGAGUUUUUAAAAAAAACUAUUGCAAAUUGUAUCAUUCCUGAUUACACAGA